AUGCACGCCACCUACUUGCAAAGGGUCACUCGACAUUUUUGCGAGGAUAAAGGGAAAGAAUUCGACAUCGCGGCGGAGGUUAGACAUGCAAGCCAGGCCACGGAUGUGCGCCAUCUCGUACCCUUGACAAAAGCGGGCAUACAGCACUUUUCGACCUUUUUGCCGGCAGUAAAAAACAAAGAUGACCUCGAUACUCUGCCCGAGAGGCUGAAAGGGAGCGGGGAGCUUGGCUUCUCACCUUUGUUCGACCCCUCUUUGAUUGAUGCAUGCUGCCAGCGCGGCAUUUUCCCCUUGACUAUUCUAAUCGACGACAACAUUUUUCUCUUUGCUCCAAAGCUGCACACGGAGAGGGCUGUUUGCGCGCUUGCUGACGGCGCAGCACAGGACAACACUAUGGGUGGUUUUCCCUUCUGUGAGGGUGCCGAGGGCAUUUUCGACAAGGAUUGCCUUGGGGUUUCGCGAAAGCUCACAAAAGGACCAAACGAGAGUACCCAUCGUCCCUCGUUCGACAUUUUCAUUAAUCGCAAAGAGGACCUAGUCGACGUUUUUACGCUGAUAAGGAGACAGCAUGGCGAAAAUUGGCUGUGCGCGCCGCUACGAGUGUGCUUACUCCACAUGUUUUUCAAACCGACGAAGUACGCAACCAAAAUUAUUGUCACUGCCGUUCGUCAUCGAAAAUAUAGCAAUGUGCCUACCUCAGAGAACUCACCUGUGAUUCAAGAAGGGGAGCUCGUUGCAUGCGAAGUCGGCUAUCUAGUUGGAGACAUUUACGCCUCCGCAACCGGCGCAUACUGUAUUAGCGGGGGUGGGUCUCUGCAACUGAGCCUAACUGGCGUUUGCAUGAAAUCGGCUGGUUGCCGCUUGUGGGAUUUGGGAAUGAUGAUGAGCUACAAGAAAUCUCUGCAAUGCGUUUCGUUACCUCGUGAAAAAUGGCAAAAUAUGGUCUCAGCGCGCCGCGCAAUCCCCAACGAACAUAUUUUGAGCUAUUUGCGAGAUUUGGAGAAAGGGCGCCCAGUGAGUGACUUUUUAAAAAGGGACGUACCACCUGCCAUCGCCGAUCCGAACAGCAAGUCACAACACAAGAAGCGACUAAAGAAAGAAGCUGCUAUCCAGAGAAAGGCAGAAAUAAGAUGA